AUGAUUGUUCGAUUGGUAUCACUCGUUCUUAUCUUUUAUCUGUGGACAAUUAUUAUCAAUGAAACAAAUACAAUAGAAACGAUCAUUGACAUCUACUCGGAGAAUAUAACUAUCAUAUGGGAACCUUUUCAUAUAAAAAGAUGUGCAAAUAGAACCGAAAUAAGUUUAUCACUAUUCAUAUGUAAAUCAAAUGAAAGUUAUCUUGAAGUUACUGAUAUAUCUUGUCGACAAGAGAAAAUACUCACUUUUGAUCAAACAGCAUGUUCGCCAACUACAUUUCAAUCACUAGUAUUGACUACUGAAAAAAUACAAACAACAAAAUCAACAACUAGAUCUACAUUAGGACUAUAUGGAUGUCCAGAAAAAAAUAAGAUUGGUCAAUAUUGUAAUAUCUCAAAUGAUAUAUGUAAAAUGUUAGGACCAUGUAAAAAUCAAGGACAUUGUUAUUUCAAUGAAACUCUUCCAUUACAAUAUAUGUGUCAAUGUCCAGUGGGAUUUUCAGGUUAUGAUUGUGAAUAUGAUAACAGAAUAUGUAAAAAUAAUACAUGUUGGCAUGAUGGAGAUUGUGUUGAAAUGAAUGGAACUGUGUCUAUUAAUAAUCAAACAACAUUUAAAUGUAUAUGUGAAUAUGGUUAUGAUGGAGCACGAUGUGAAUUAAUACGUGAUAUGUGUGUUAAUAUAACCUGUAAAAAUAAUGGUAUUUGUUUUUCAUCCUAUCUAUCAUGGACAUGUCAUUGUCUUGAUUCUUCACUUUAUUCUGGAAAAUAUUGUGAACAUAAAAGUACAUUAUUAGUAGCUAAACAAGCAUUAAGUAAAUCAUUCGCAUCAAUAGCUAUUGCAGCUAUUAUUGCUGUUUUUUUAUUUGUUAUUAUCAUGGAUAUAUUGAAAUAUGUAUUUAAAAUUGAUCCAGUUGAUCGUGAACGACGAUUAAUGAAAUUAGAACAAAAGAAAAAACAUUUAAAUAAAAAUAGAAAAAAACGAUUUAGAAAAGUUCCUUUAAAAGUUUUUUAUAUAUCUUAA